AGAAAUAAAGAGAGAAGAGAAGGCACGACACAUGCUCUUGGCUAUCACUUUUUUAUGUGCAUGUUCGUCGUGAUUUGAUGUGAUUGAUUCGUAUGAGCGAGUUUCAACAAUCGUUACUAAUUAUUGAGCUUCGUAUACUUUGGCUCUUACUGCAUGUACGUCAUGGACUUGAACACUUGCAUGAAGAGGAAGAAAACUAGGGCGCCUCCGGACGAGCUGCUGGACGAGCUUGUUGGUGAGAUCUUGCUUCGCUUGCCCGUCAAGUCGCUCCUGCGGUUCAAGUCUGUAAGCAAGGCAUGGCGCGCAAUCAUCUCUGACCCCUUCUUCAUCCGCUCACACCUCCAGCACUCGGCCUUGAAAUGGAAGCAGAACCCAUCGUUGCUCAUCACCCCUCACACGCUUGACUAUGUUAUGGAAGACGAGAGUUGGCCGACCACCUUCUCCACAAACAUUGGCUUCUACCAGUGGCAGAAAGGUGCCUCUGAGGCAAGGUUCAUGCAUGGUGGCGACUUCCAUGCCGAGUUUAAUUCGGUAUGCUACUUUGCGCACUGCGAUGGCCUGGUGAUUGCCCCCACCGACACCUACGUCUACCUCUUCAAUCCUGCAACCAGGGACACCAUGACGCUGCCGGACAGUGACCGCAAUAAGAUACGAGAGCAGAUUGUCUGCCUUCCGGUAGGGCUUGGUCUAGAUCCUUGCACCGGCAUGCACAAGGUAGUUCGGGCCUUCUACCGCUCUAGAGAUCCUCUCACCGGCAUCUACCUCAUGGGAAUGGAAGUGUUCACCAUCGGUGGUUCUUCAACCUCUUGGAGGGAAACGGCGUCUGAUCCGCCAUACCCUGUCGCAGAAUGGAUAACCGCCGUAUUCGCCAACGGUGCCUUGUUUUGGAUCAUCGACCAGCGCCAUAUCAAGCCACGUCCACAUGGCCUCCUUCGCUUUAGCUUGGAAGAUGAGAGUUUCAGCAUCACCCGUCUACCUGGUUCUUUGGACCCCGCCCUCGACGAAUCCUUCUUGCUGGAUGAGAUGCACGGUGAGCUAUGCCUGACUGCUUUCAGCAGCAGCAAGCCGCCUGGGCAACCUCUAAAGAUCUGGACGUUGGUGGAAGAUAAUGGCUUGAGCUCGCGAUGGGAGCAUAGGUAUUGCCUCUCUAUCACAGAGUUGGUGCAUCCGAUGGCUCUUCUUCCGAGCGGCGAGAUAAUGAUACGGGCAUGUCAAAAUCUAUGUCACUACGACCAACAGACACCUGAUCUGACCUACGUGGCUGAGCUGGAUCGUCUGAGAUACCAACACCUUAGGCCUAGGCAUGCUAUGCAGAAAAUCUUUUUCUUCAAUGUAAUACCUUACACCGAAAGUUUACUUCGAAUAACUGCUUAGCAGGCCCAACCCCGAGGCCCAUAAAGCUUGUAAUAAAAUGGUACUCUCUCCGCCAGGGAUCGGAGGACGGAGGUCCCCUCAACCCAAAAGCAUCCAAGUUCGGCGGCAAUGAUGGCAUCUCUGUCGAUGUUACCCUACAUGCCACAUGGAGCACGGGCGGUCUAUGCGUCACGCAAUGACGUACU